CGAAGUACAGCCGCCGUGCUGCUCGGCGUGCCUAGGCUCCACCUUCGCGGGCUGCUGAUUGAGUGGACGCUGCCUCAGUCGCGGGAGAAGCCGGGGCUCAUUGGCUUGGCGUAGCUGGGCUGCUGUGGUGCACCGCCCGCCUUGGAUCCUGGUAGGGCUUGGUUGAAAUACACAGCAGUUAGGGGGGAACUGGACGGCUAGUGGUUCUCUUGUGUCUGGGGAGGAAGUCAGACAAUGUUACCUUUAAAAUAUCUUUGGAAUCUCUGACGUCCAUAUGGCUAUGUAUGAUGAAGAUCUCUUGAAAAAUCCUUUUUAUUUGGCUAUUCAGAAACGUCGUCCUGACCUUUGCAGGAAAGUUGCAGAAUUCCAUGGAAUUAUAUUAGUACCGUGCAAAGGGAGCCUUUCAAGCAGCAGUCUCUCUACCUGCCAAUUUGAUUCCUAUGUUUUAAAACCAGUGGAAGAAAAAUUUCAGACCCUAAAUGGAAAGGAAAUCUUUAUUCAAGGAAACUUGAUUAUUUUAGGAACUGGUUUUAAUCAUCAUCUCUCAGUACCUGUUCUCUUUGAGGAAACAUUCUACAAUGAAAAAGAAGAAAGUUUUAGCUUAUUGUGUAUAGCUCAUCCCCUGGAAGAAUCUGAAAUCUUAGAAGAAUUUAAAACCCCAUCAAAUUCUUAUUCCCUGAAAAACAUUGAGGAUGUGAGAGAAUUUUUGGGAAGACAUUCUGAAAGAUUUGACAAACACAUUGCAUCUUUCCAUAGGACUUUUAAAGAACAUGAAAGAAAAAGCCUACGACAUUACAUAGAUUCUGUUAAUGCACUUUACACCAAAUGCCUCCAGCAUUUACUGAGGGAUUCUCACUUGAGGAUGCUUGCAAAGCAGGAACCUCAGAUGAAUCUGAUGAAACAAGCAGUUGAAAUGUAUGUACAUCAUGAUAUUUAUGAUCUGAUCUUUAAAUAUGUGGGAACUAUUGAGGCGAGUGAGGAUGCAGCCUUUAACAAAAUUACAAGAAGCCUCCAAGAUCUCCAGCAAAAAGAUAUUGGAGUUAAGCCUGAAUUCAGCUUUAAUAUUCCACGUGCAAAGCGAGAAUUGGGUCAGCUGAAUAAAUGCACCUCCCCACAACAGAAACUGAUCUGUCUUCGAAAAGUGGUGCAAAUUAUUAUGCAGUCUCCUAGCCAAAGAGUGAACAUGGAGACCAUGUGUGCAGAUGAUCUUCUCUCUGUGUUACUGUAUCUGCUUGUAAAAACAGAGAUUCCUAACUGGAUGGCAAAUUUGAGUUACAUCAAAAACUUCAGGUUUUGCAGUUCAGCAAAGGAUGAACUGGGAUACUGCCUGACCUCUGUUGAGGCUGCUAUAGAAUAUAUUCGACAAGGAAACCUCUCCGACAGACCAACAGAAUCUGAGAGGUUUAGUGACAAGUUCUUGAGACAAAGAAUGAACUUGCUAUCCCAGAUGUCCACGACCCCAAUAGAUUGCUUGUUCAAGUAUAUUGCUUCAGGUAACCAGGAGGAAGUGGAACGAUUACUAAGUCAAGGUGACAGUGAUAAAGACACUGUACAGAAAAUGUGCCACCCACUCUGUUUCUGUGACAAUUGUGAGAAACUGGUUUCUGGGAAGAUGAAUGAUCCUUCCAUUGUCACUCCGUUUUCCAGAGAUGACAGGGGAUACACACCACUUCAUAUAGCUGCUAUUUGUGGGCAAGCAUCAUUAAUUGACCUGUUAGUUUCCAAAGGAGCUGUAGUCAAUGCUACAGAUUACCACGGUUCAACGCCUCUUCACCUUGCCUGUCAGAAAGGAUAUCAGAAUGUUACACUUCUCUUGUUGCACUAUAAGGCAAGUACAGAUGUUCAAGACAAUAAUGGCAAUACUCCACUUCAUUUAGCCUGCACUUAUGGUCAUGAGGAUUGUGUCAAAGCUUUAGUCUAUUAUGAUGUACACUCUUGUAGACUAGAUACUGGUAACGAAAAAGGAGAUACUCCCCUCCAUAUAGCUGCUCGUUGGGGCUAUCAAGGAAUAAUAGAAGUGCUGUUGCAGAAUGGAGCCAACCCAGAUAUUCAAAACCGGAUGAAAGAGACUUCCCUGCAGUGUGCAUUAAACUCCAAGAUUUUAUCAUUGAUGGAAUUAAACUACCUAACAUUUGAAAGGGGACAGAGUGCUUCUGAGUCUCCAGUUAGGUCUCCUCAGCAUUCAGCAGACACCUUCAGCAGAGUGUCAUCUGUCUCCAGCUUGUCAUCAGCGUCAGCAGAUACCAGACAAGAAGAAAUUAAAAAUAAUUAAUAGAAAAACUCUUACGAGCAGUUGCUGAUGGAGAUCUGGAAAUGGUUCGCUAUCUUUUGGAAUGGAUGGAGGAAGAUGUAGAAGACAUAGAAGAAGCAGACGAAGCUGACGAUACAGUGAAGCCAGAGCUCUGUCACCCAUUAUGCCAGUGCUCAAAAUGUGAGCCAAUACAAAAGAAACUUGCAAGAAUCCCUGCUAAUGGACUUGGAGUAAAUGUUACAAACCAGGAUGGCUUUACACCACUUCAUGUGGCUGCACUGCAUGGGCACCCUGAGUUAGUCUACCUUUUGUUGAAACACGGUGCCAAUAUCAGUGCAAAGAAUAUUAACCAUGCCGUACCUCUUCACCUGGCUUGUCAGAAAGGUCACUUUCAGGUAGUAAAGUGUCUAGUGGAUUGCAAUGCUAAACAAAAUAAAAAGGAUGUACAUGGAAAUACUCCCUUAAUUUAUGCUUGCUUGAAUGGCCAACAUGAGAUUGCUGCCUUGUUGUUAGAGCAUGGGGCCUCUGUUAACCUUUCUAACAGCAAGGGAAAUACAGCACUGCAUGAGGCUGUGAUAGGAAAACAUGAAGUCUUGGUAGAGCUGUUGCUUCAGAAUGGUGCUUCGAACCACAUUAGGAACAAAAGGCAGUGUACACCUCUUGACUGUGCUGAGCUGAAUUCAAAUAUCAUGAAGUUGCUACAAACAGCACCAAGCUAUGCACCAACAUCAGCGGAGGGAGGAGAAACAGACUAUGAGCAGCAUGUUACUAUCAAGAUCAGGAAAAAAGUAAAUGUUAAGUUACCUGAGACAGCAGAUGAUCCCAUCAGCAGACGACUUCAACUGGUCCAAUCAAUCAACAGAUUUAACAAAUCAAAAUAUUUACGGAGAACAAUAACAAGAGAUAAAAGUGUCCCUAAUUUUGAUGACGAAUUAUUGCAUCAGUUAGCUAUUAAGAGCUUUGAUAAGACCAAGUUAAAACCUAUUGACCAGAAGUUGGAUCAGAGCAAAGUUAAGAUUGACGCAGAAAGCAAUGGUGAACCUGCGAAACAGGAUGAUGUGAUAGAUGCUCCUCUUAGAAGUAAACUAAUGCACCGAAGACACACAGUUAGUGUGGCACUUUCAGCAGAGAAUGUCAGUGACGACAGUGAUUUAUCCAACACAAGAGAUCCAAGUAUUUCACUGUCAAAAGACUGUUCUGGUGACUUGCUAUCAAAACACUAACAAGGAAGUGUGAAUUUGCUGCCAAAAACUAAAGAACCAGGUGGUGCCAGUUUCAAGAUCCUCCUGCUGGGCAUUAAAGAAUUAAAUGAUGCUUAGAAACUGCUUUCAAAAAUGGAUCAUAAAGAUGAAUCUUUAGCAGAGGCAGAAUGUUCCCAUAUGGCUUGCACUUUUGAAGACUGAAUCCUCUGUUUAUCGUGGAAACCCCUCCCCAGCCAAUUUGUGACUGAUUUCAGGAAACUGAGACAUAUUGAAAUGUCAAAGUAUUUAGACAGAAAGAAGUGAUUGUUUCCCAUUCAACUUUCAAAGCACUUAUUAAGAAAUUACUUAUAACAGUAGAGGAGAAAGGCUAUAUAGUACUUUCUAGCUACCCACUCCUGUUUUUUUAAAAGGCAUUGAAUUAUUUUUUUCUUUUCAGUUUUUGUCACUAAAUUGGUUAUAUUAUAUUUAUUGCCAGAAGGAAUUCAAAAGUCUCUAUUUUUAUUAUAAUGCUAUGAACCACUAUAUUUAUUUAAUAGCAUUUUAGAAAUUAAUGUAAUUUCUGUAUAUUGCAACCAGCUGCGCAAACAGUCCAUAAAAACCUACA